AUGGCAUUCCAAAAACAGGCCAUGAAAGCCAACACUAGCUUGGUACUUGUCAUAUUUUUCGCGGUUCAGUACACCGCUUCAACACAAAAUAAUAGGAGUAGUAUUUUUCAUUUCGUUAUUGAAGAAACUUCUUUCGAUAGGCUUUGCCAAUCGAAGAAGAUUCUUACUGUCAACGGACAAUUCCCAGGGCCUACCAUAUAUGCGCGCGCUGGAGAAACGGUGGUCCUAGACGUUGAAAACAGAGGGAAGGACAACGUUACAAUAUUUUGUUGUAAGCGUGAGGGAAAACACUUGAAGUCUGAUCAAGUGAACUGGCUAAUUGAGCCCGGGUUUAAAGUAAGAAAAAACAUCACAAUAUUUGACAAGGAAGGGACGCUAUGGUGGCACGCCAUGAACAUCUGGCAAAGCGCCACAAUUCAUGGCGCUUUCAUUGUCCAUUCAAAACCCGGAACUACUUAUGAUAUUCCCAUCAUUUUAGGUGAAUGGUGGAAAAAGGAUGUCAAGGAGGCUGUCCUUGACUAUAUUGACUCAGGCGGUGACGUAAAUUCAGACGCUUUCACUGUUAAUGGACAGCCUGGUGUCUUCUACCCUUGUUCCAACAAUGGAACGUUUAGGAUAGUAGUGAAUACUGGGAAGACAUAUCUUCUCAGAGUUGUGAACGCUGCAAUGAGUAAAACACUUUACUUUGGGAUUGCAAGGCACAACUUAACCGUAGUCGCGAUGGAUGGAAGUCCUAUAACAAAGCCAUUCACAACAGAAUACGUCAAAUUGAGUAUACAACAAUCGGCGGAUUGUAUCUUCGAGGCGAACCAGCAGCCAGAUCAUUAUUAUAUGGUUGCAGGAACAAAUGUUGGUCAGACGCAUGACAUGAAUAAAACUACAACCGCCAUUAUAGAAUAUCAAGGGAAUUACACACCCUCGUCACCACCUCUUCUACCUCUUCUUCCCAACUUGUCCCCCAACUACGAUAAAAGUUCUAGUAGGAAUUAUUUAAAUGUAAUAAUGACUUUUGUAAUUUUGGGUUUAUUAUUCUGUACGGCAUUGGUUGUUGUUUGGAAUAGGCGGCCUAGAAGGCCUCAUAGAAGUGCAAUGGUGGCUCCCUUGUAA